AUGACGACUGCUCUGCUAGGUCUGCUGGGAGUUUUGAUCUGCUCCGUUGGGGUCAGAGCUGAGGUCACGCCCCAGGCACACUUUGAUGUGCAAAGGGUUGAGGGUAAGUGGUAUCUGGUCGGUUUUGCUACUAAUGCCCUGUGGUUUAUUGACCGUAAAGCUGAAAUGAAGAUGGGCACCACCAAGCUCACCCCAACAGCAGAGGGAGACCUGCAGAUGGAAUACUCCAGUUUGAAUUCUGAUGGAUCCUGCUGGAAAAUGAACCACUUGGCAAAGAGCACUGGUGUCCCUGGAAAAUUUGCCUUCCGCAGUGAGCGCUGGAAUAAUGAUAAUGACAUGCGUGUGGUGGAUGUGAAAUAUGAUGAAUAUGCUCUAAUUCACACCAUCAAAACUAAAGGAGGGGACACCACAAUCCUCAACAAGCUCUACGGUCGUUCUCCUGAUCUGAGCGAUGACGUACUGGGGAAGUUCACCAAGUUCUCUCUGGAGACUGGAGUUCAGCCCGAAAACAUCGUGAUUCUCCCAAAGAACGGUACUCUACCUCAGGUGGAUGGCCAAGCCUAA